AUAUUGGUGUUUUUGUGGACCAAAAUGGGAAACUUCUUCAAGCAGACAGGAUUUGCUGGUCAGAGGCCCCAACAGUUGUUAUUAUUCAGAGGCCAUAUGCAAUAGCUUUAUUACCAAGACGUAUUGAGAUUCGGUCUCUUCGAGUUCCAUAUCCUUUGAUACAGACAGUUGUUCUUCAAAAUGUCCGCCGCCUUAUAAAAAGUAACAAUUCUGUAGUUGUUACAUUGGACAAUUCUGUUCAUGGAUUCUUUCCUGUUCCAAUUGGUGCACAGAUAGUACAAUUAACAGCAUCUGGUAAUUUUGAGGAAGCCUUGGCUUUGUGCAAGCUGCUUCCUCCAGAAGAUUCAAGUCUUCGAGCUGCAAAAGAGGGUUCAAUUCAUAUAAGAUAUGCUCACUAUCUUUUUGAUAACGGGAGCUAUGAGGAGGCCAUGGAACAUUUCCUAGCAUCUCAAGUAGAUAUCACCUAUGUGCUUUCCUUAUACCCUUCUAUUCUUCUUCCCAAAACAACUGUGAUUCCUGAACUAGAGAAACUGGUUGACAUUUCUUGGGAUGGUGCACCUCUCUCAAGAGGUUCAUCUGGCAUGUCAGAUGAUAUGGAAUCCUCAUCACCACAAAACCUGCUAGAGUUCGAUGAGAAUGCAGUCCUUGAGUCAAAGAAGAUGAGUCACAAUACUCUCAUGGCUCUCAUUAAAUACUUGCAGAAUAAGAGAUACAGUAUAAUUGAAAAGGCUACCGCUGAAGGAACGGAGGAGGUUGUUUUGGAUGCUGUUGGAGAUAAUUUUAAAUCAUAUGAUUCAACAAGGUUUAAGAAGUCAAAUAAGGGGCGAGGCACCAUCCCCAUUAACUCAGGCGCUAGGGAGAUGGCAUCCAUCCUAGAUUCAGCCCUACUCCAAGCGCUACUUCUUACUGGACAGUCUUCAGCAGCUUUAGAAUUAUUGAAGGGCCUUAACUACUGUGAUAUAAAAAUAUGUGAGGAGAUUCUUCAGAAAGGUAAUCAUUAUGCUGCUUUGUUGGAACUCUAUAAAUGCAAUUCAAUGCACCGUGAAGCACUCAAACUUCUACAUGAACUUGUGGAAGAAUCAAAAUCAAGCCAGUCACAAACUGAAAUAAUUCAAAAGUUCAGCCCUGAGUCAAUUAUUGAAUAUCUCAAGCCUCUCUGUGGGACUGAUCCAAUGCUUGUUCUGGAGUACUCAAUGCUUGUUCUUGAAAGCUGUCCAACUCAAACCAUUGAGCUUUUUCUAUCUGGAAAUGUUCCAGCAGACUUGGUGAAUUCUUAUUUGAAGCAGCAUGCUCCAAAUAUGCAGGGCAGAUAUUUGGAACUUAUGCUAGCACUGAAUGAAAAUGGAAUCUCGGGAAACCUGCAAAAUGAAAUGGUGCAAAUUUAUCUUUUGGAAGUACUUGAAUGGCAUGGUGAGUUAAGUGCUCAACAGAAAUGGGAUGAGAAAGCUUAUUCCCCAACAAGGAAAAAACUCCUGUCUGCUUUAGAGAGUAUCUCUGGAUAUAACCCUGAGGCUCUGUUGAAACAUCUUCCAGCAGAUGCACUGUUUGAAGAGCGGGCAAUUCUGUUGGGAAAAAUGAACCAACAUGAACUUGCCUUGUCUAUAUAUGUUCACAAGCUUCAUCUACCUGAACUAGCACUUGCAUAUUGUGAUCGGGUAUAUGAAUCGAUAGCUCAUCAGCCAUGUAAAUUUUCUGGCAACAUAUACCUUACUCUUUUGCAAAUCUAUCUGAAUCCUAAGAAGACAACCAAGAACUUUGAAAAGCGGAUUACAAAUCUGGUAUCAUCUCAAAGUACAAGUAGCCAAAAAAGUAUCUCAGGAUCCGCAUUUAGAGGUAAAGGAGGUCGUUCAUCCAGGAAAAUUGCUGCAAUAGAGGGUGCAGAAGACAUGCGAAUCAGCCACAGUAGCACUGAUAGUAGCAGGAGUGAUGGUGAUGCUGAAGAAUCAAGUGAGGAAGGAAGCUCUACUUUUAUGUUAGAUGAAGUACUUGAUCUGUUGAGCCGAAGGUGGGAUAAAAUCAAUGGAGCUCAGGCUCUCAAGCUCUUACCUAGAGAAACUAAAUUACAGAACUUGCUUCCAUUUCUUGGACCUCUUUUGAGAAAAUCCAGUGAAGCAUACAGGAAUCUCUCAGUGAUCAAGAGUUUGAGGCAUAGUGAAAAUCUGCAGGUGAAAGAUGAACUCUAUAACCAAAGGAAGUUGGUGGUGAAGAUAAGCAGCGAUAGUAUGUGCUCUCUUUGUAACAAGAAAAUAGGGACAAGUGUGUUUGCUGUCUAUCCCAAUGGCAAAACACUGGUUCACUUUGUUUGCUUCAGUUCCCAAAGCAUGAAAGCUGUGGGUAAAGGUAGAGUUGGUAAAAGUUCACCGCUGAUGAAGCUACGAUCUUGACCAGUCAACCACGCAUAUGACCCAGUGCAAUGAAGGCAGUCUCUCCAAGUCUAUACCUGAGUUUAUAAGUGGACGAGUCCACUCUUAACGCCACAAUUUGCUCUCUAUUACUAUUAAUACUGUUCAAAA